AUGGCUCUGAGAAUUGUAUUUAGCGUGACGCUAUUUAUGACGGUUAUGGUGGUAAAGUUCGUUCUGUCCGCGGAAAACGAUCUCGAUAUUUCGUCCGCAAUUGACGGGUCAAACUUUGACGGGCAAAAAAUGGGAUCGAAUUGGUUUCAGGCAGCGAUAUUUAGAUCGACUCUCGGAGCGAAUAUUCUGUCCUGCGGUGGAACGCUUUUGACGGACAGAUGGAUCGUCACUGGGGCGAGCUGUUUGUGGAGGUCUCGAAUCGAGGAUCUAACUAUUCGCCUGGGAGAGUUCGAUUUGGAAAACGAAGAAGAGCCGCUCAAAGCCGAGGAGUACAAAGUCGAGAAAAUAGAGAUAAACCCAGAAUACGAAGAGAUAGAAUUUCGAAACGACAUUGCUCUGCUGAAACUUGACCGCAUCGUUAAGUUCGACAAGCACAUAAUUCCCGUUUGCCUUCCGAGCGAGGAUUUAAGUCUGGUUAAUCGAACAGCGACAGUCACUGGCUGGGGAUUUAUAAACGAAGACUCUCGAAAUUCCCGUACCACCGUUUUGCGCCAAGUCGAUAUCGAGGUAUUUUCCAACGAGCGAUGCAACGAGUGGUUUUCCGAAGUUGGACUCAACCGACUGAUUUCUGAAUCAGAAUUAUGCGCCGGUCGCGUAGAAGGAGGCAAAGAUGCUUGCACGGGAGACUCGGGCGGUCCUUUAACCACGUUAAUAAACGGAAGAAAAAUCCUUAUCGGCAUCGUGACGUGGGGAAAAGGUUGCGGUCGAAGACACUCGCCAGGUGUUUACGCGAAGAUAAAUCAUUUCGUACCGUGGAUGAAGAACGUGAUGAAAAAUUAAAUAUUCAAUGCCACAAA